AUGUACCAAAAACGUAGUAUUAAACUAUUGCUUAAAAUUCUUUUAGAAAAAUCUCCACAUCCAUGUUUAGCAACGCCACCACAUCUAAUCAAACUGCCUCACAUAACUGCAACUGUUCACAUGCUACAAAACGUCGCUCAUGGCUGCGUCACCUACAACCACAUCACCAGAAGAUUCGCCAUUGUGUCACGACUAUUCAAUGAAAUGAAAAGGUUGGACGAUAUGAAAUCGCUUGGAUCAUGUCCGAGCAGAUAUUUAUGUUUCAGCAGAUAUUGA